AUGGACGGAGGAGGUGCCGGCGCCGCGUGGGAAGAGGAGAUCACUGGCGAAGACGAGGAGGAUGAGGAGAAGAACGACGGGCGGGCCAACGAAGAGACUGGAACGCGCAAGCGUGGUGGGAAAUGGGAAAGUGGGAAGGGUAGGUGCCCCGUUACCGGGCGAAGAGUCCUUGGGGGCACGGAUGGUCUGCGCAGGGUGUUGAUUUGA